CAAUGGCAUCGGUCCCGCCGACCGAAACUGAGGCGGCCUUUGGAGGCUUUGUGAGCGCCAGCAGCAAUGCCCAAGCCGAGUUUGGUGCCUUUGCGGGGCCGGCUGGGGCGCCUGUGGUCUUUGGUGGCUUUGCGGCUCCGCCAGUGGCCGAUGCGAACACGUCGGCUAAGGCCGGGCUGUCGGCCGAUGCCUUCGAUCCGCCUCUGGUUGCCGCCGAGCAGAAGAAGCUCGAUCUAGAUGCUCUGAUGCGGCAGACACUAGACGGAACCAUCGACGACGCAGUGCCGAUGCAGGUGCGAAUGGCCGAGCGCAAGUCUGCUGUGGCGCUGGCACAGGCUGCGGCUGCAGGCCCGCGUGCACCCGCCCGCGCGUCGGUUCCAGCCCGGGAGCAGUCGAAGAAGGCAACCAACUGGGCAACUGCAGAUUACUCCUCGCUAUUUUCGCAGCCCGGGGCGGCCGCGCCGGCCCCGGUCCUGACACUGGAGUCGUUUGCCAGUGCCGCAGCAGAGCUCGAGCCCAAGCCCGAACCCGAGCCCGAACCCGAGCCUCUGGCAGCUGCUGUCGAGUUUGGAGCCUUUGAUGCGCCAUCGCCAUCCGCAUCGGAUCCGGGCUUUGGUGCGUUUGAGACCGCAAGCACCGGCAGUGCGCCAGCCUUUGCCCCGUUUGCUGCCUUCCCGGAAUCUGCGCCGGCCGUUGUUGAGCCGGCCGUCGCCACAUCCGACGCCAGCCCCGAUCCGAGCGCCACCACUAGCGCCGACAAGUACGCUGCGCUCACCGCCUUGUCAGCAACUGCUGACACCCCUUUCAAUCCGUUUGCGGAUUCGGACACAGAGGCAGAACCUGCUGCGGCAGCCACGACGUCCCUCGACGCCGAGCGCGCCGUUGCGGUCACCGACGACAAGUGCACCACGUUCUCGACGUUGACGACCCCGGAAGACGCUCCGCCUGCCGCCUUCGACCAAUCUGAUGCCCAGGCCAUGUCUGCCACAGCAGCCCCUGCCGAGCCUGGCGCAUCAGCUCCCGCCGAGCCCACCGACGACGACAAGUACGAAGCGUUUGUGGCGUCCUCGGCCACGACGGAUGCCCCUUUCAAUCCUUUUGCCGAUUCAGACUCUGACGGUGAGGCCGCUUCCCCUGCCGCCGCCACCGUCGAUUCCUUUACCGCGUUUGCAGCCUUCCCAGACCCGGCUGAUGCUGCGUUUACCCCAUUUGCUGAGCCAGACGCCGAGUCCUCCGCGCCGCCGGCCCCCCCCACAACUGCCGCUUUCGAACCGUUCGAGGCAGCCACACUCGAAGCUGGGGAUGGCGACCAAGCGUUUACGGAGAGCGUGGACGCGCCGUUCCCACUCCCCGACUCUCUCGACACGCCGUCGGGCACCGAGGCUGCUGCGGGCUUUGACACGCCGGCCGGCCCCGAAACGCCGGCGUUUGGCGCGUUUGAUGCCAUCGACCUCAGCGGGAGCGCCGUGCUCCCCACCGGACCCCCGAACCCCGAUGAGGCACUGUUCGACUUUUCCUCGCCGGCUUCUCCGCCAUCGGAGAAGCCGCCCGCCGACGCUGCUCCUGCCUCCGCGGCUGCCCCGGCUGCCCCGCGUUUCACCAAGGCUGAGCUUGUGGCGCAGCUCAUUGCACAGGAGCGGUUCGAGGAGGCCGCCGACGUGCUCGCCCUGCUCAACAAGGCGCCGGAGACGCAGCUCUCGACAGAUUCGCUGCGGCCGGACGUGGCGUCGUGGUGCUCGCCGCCGCCGCGCUCGCACAAGACGCUUGCCCAGAUGAAGGACGUGCUGGCAGAGGCCGGCGUGCCCGCCACAGCGCAGGCACGGUUCGAGCGGAACCACCCGAGUGCAGCGCUGGCUGUUCCUGCGCUCGCGAGCGAGGCUCAGCUCCGAGACGUGGCCGACAAGCAUCGCAAGGCGCUCUAUGCCAUGACCGCCCUCCUCGCGUCGGGCGCCAACGAGUCGACGUCGCUUGAUGAGCCAUGGACCGCGACUCUCGCAGCAGUCCAGGCCGAGCUCGCCGCUGCCGCCGAUGUCCUCGCGCCGGUGCUGGGCAACGACGCCGUGCUCGACGAAGUCCUUAUGCAGCCCAAGUUCCUCAGCUACAUUCGCGGCCUCGCCGGCAUGCUCCUUGUCGGCCGGCGCAUCGCGUCCGCCGCCGAGCACAUGGUGGCGGAGGUCUCUGCUCCAGCGCGGGCGUCGGUCGCUGCCGCUGCGGGUAAGAUCGAGGCCAGCUGGGCCGCUCUCAGCUCCACCCACCUCCAUGCGUGCAUGGCCGACGCGCUCGCGCAUGCACAGCGCCCGCUCUCGAGAGCGCAAGUGGCCGAGUCGCUCUGCACCCUCUGCACCUGCCCGGUUGAGGGCACGCCGUCUCUCUUCUGGUCGGGCUCACCGUACCACGCGGCGUGCGCCAACCUCUACGUCAACCGGGUCGGAACCACGCCACCGUGCUGACGCCCGCCAUCGUUUACCAGUACGUCUCGCGCGAGUCGGGCUCGUACGUAGCCAUGAGCGCCUCGUGCCACUCGGCAAACCAGCGCUUCUGCAAGUCGUUGGCCUCGUCAGGAAUGGGCGGGAAUGGGCGCGGCAGCGGCGCACCCAUCCACCAGUCGCGCUUCUCCAGACGCCAGCCCUUGUCCUUGAACUCAGAGAGGAAG